AUGGACGACACUCACUUGGCUUCAUUCUCACUCACUCACGUCCAUUAUAAUCCCAACGACCCCCUUUCGUUUCUCUCCGCCUGGCUAGCCCUCGUUCCCCAAGCACUAUGUGUGGUCUAUGCCACUCUGAUCUGGUCCUCUCGCGAGGCGGAGGUGUUACUGAUGUUCGCCGGGCAAAUGGGAUGUGAAGCGUUGAACUUUGUGCUAAAACGGAUCAUCAAGGAGGAACGACCGAAGCAAAUGUUCGGAAAAGGCUAUGGCAUGCCUUCGUCCCACGCGCAAUUCAUGGCCUACUUUGCCGUAUAUCUCAGUCUCUUCCUCCUGUUUCGUCACGUCCCGACCACCUCAUCCCAAUCCGCCCUCUCGUUCUGCAUGCGAAGCAUCCUCGCCGUCGGGCUUAGUGUAGGCGCCGCUGCCGUGGCAAUCAGUCGCAUCUAUCUGAACUACCAUACUCCCCGGCAGGUUCUCGCCGGUUGUGCUGCGGGAAUCGCGUGUGCGUUGGCGUGGUUUUGCAUAACGGGGUCCCUCCGGGCCCAUGGAUGGAUAGAUUGGGCGUCGGACUUGGAAGUAGCCAGGUUCUUCCGCUUACGAGAUCUGGUGGUAACUGAAGAUCUGACUGAGGCCGGUUGGCAACGGUGGGAAGCAAAGCGGAAGUUGAGACGUCGAGAAAAUAGUGAUUAUCUUGCUGCGAAAUCUAAGUGA